AUGGAGGAGAGGGGGCAGGAUGGAGGAAAGAUAGAAUUGGAAGGAUAGGAGGCAGGAUGGAGAAGAGAUAGAAUGGGAGGGAGAGGCAGGAUGGGAGGAGAGAUGGAAUGAGAGGGAGAGGGGGCAGGAUGGAGGAGAGGAAUGGAGGAAAGAUGGGAAGGAUAGAGAGGGGAGGGGGCAGGAUGGAGGAGAGAUAGAAAUGGGAGGGAGAGGGGGCAGGAUGGAGAAGAGAUAGAAUGGGAGGGAGAGGGGGCAGGAUGGAGGAGAGAUAGAAUGGGAGGGAGAGGGGGCAGGAUGGAGGAGAGAUAGAAUGGGAGGGAAAGGGGGCAGGAUGGAGGAGAGAUAGAAUGGGAGGGAAAGGGGGCAGGAUUGAGGAGAGGGUAAUUCCAUGGAGCUGUAGUGGUUAAUAUAUAGCUUAUUACAGCCCAUGUCUACCUAAUGGUAAAGCACUUCCAUGGCAACCAGCAGUUACUGUGUGUGAUACUAUGUAUUCCUUGUGAAUGGAGAGAGAUGGUUUGGCAGUAAGAAGGCUCCUCUGGCAGGAGAGUUUUAUAUAUCAGUCAUUAACCCUUACCCUGCCUCUCAGUGCCUACUCAGAGUAUACAGGAUCACUCCAGUUUGUCAGUACUAGAGACAGCCUACCUGGGACAGGUGCAGGACUCACUCCCAGGACUCUAGCCAGCCAGUGAUUCUAACCCCUCCCAGGGACAGCCUACCUUUGCCCAGGUAGGUAGAGUGCUCUCUCCCAGGACCAUUCCCAGCAGUGUUUGUAACCCCUCCCAGGGACAGCCUACCUGGGGACAGGUGCGCGUCUCCCUCCCAGCCAGGAGUAUAACACCUUGAGAGCCCAACCUACCUGGGGACAGGUGUAUGUCCCAGAGCCAGCCUCCCAUUCCCUGCCCGCUCCAGGAUGGCACACACAGAGGCUGGGGAGCCCAGGCUGCCAGUAUGGGUGAUCACUGGCUCCCACUCCUGGACCAGCACAGCUCAACAGAAGGAAGUCAAGUCCCCCUUCGCAGUGGAGUGGAGACCUGAGGACGGGCUGGCCACUUUGUCCAUGGACCCAGAGGGAGAAACUAUAGAUUUGGGAGAACCAUCUCCCCCAGCUGCCCCCCAACAGGCUCCCUGCCCCCCAGCUGCCCCCCAACAGGCUCCCUGCCCCCCAGAUGCCCCCCAGGAGGCUCCCUGCCCCCAGCUGCCCCCAGAUCCCCCAGCUGGCUCCCCUGCCCCCAGCUGCCCCCCGAUCCCCCAGCUGGCUCCCUGCCCCCCAGAUGCCCCCCAGCAGGCUCCCUGCCCCCCAGCUGCCCCCCCGGAUCCCCAGCUGGCUCCCUGCCCCCCAGUGAGUGACACUCCAGUGAGUGCCAGCUGCAGGGAGCACGGGCAGGAGCUGAGCUGGUUCUGCUAUGAGGAGCUCAGGUUGGUGUGCCCCCUCUGCAGGAGCCUGGGGAGCUGCCAGUCACACAAGACCAGGCUGGCGGAGGAGAGGGCUGCUCACAUCAGGGUGAGUGGGACUGCAUUGCAGGGUCUGAGAUCACUCACACUCAGUAUGGGGUUAACUCGGGCUGCGGGAGCUGGGGGUUGAGUCACUGCUGCAGGAUGACAUGACUGGCUGGCACCCUCUGGGCUGUGAGGGUCAUUAAGUAGGCUGUGAGUGGGCUGUAAGUGGAAGGGGUUUUAAGUGGUAUACUUACUGACUGAGUAGGCUGUGAGUGGUGGUGCUGGGAGUGAGUGGGCUGUGAGUGGAGGUGUUGGGAGUGAGUUGGCAGUGAGUUGUAUGUGCUGUGAGUGAGUGGGCUGUGAGUGGAGGUGAUGUGAGUGGAGGUGCUAUGAGUGAGUGGGCUGUGAGUGAGUGGACUGUGAGUGAGUGGAGGUACUGGGAGUGAGUGAGCGAGCUGUGAGUGGAGAUGCUGUAAGUGAGUGGAAGUGCUGUGAGUGAGUGGGCCUUGAGUGAGUGGAGGUGCUGUAAGUGAGUGGGCUGUGAGUGGAGAUGCUGAAAGUGAGUGGGCUGUGAGUGGAGGUGAUGUGAGUGGAGGUGCUAUGAGUGAGUGGGCUGUGAGUGAGUGGACUGUGAGUGAGUGGAGGUACUGGGAAUGAGUGAGCUGUGAGUGGAGAUGCUGUAAGUGAGUGGAAGUGCUAUGAGUGAGUGGGCCUUGAGUGAGUGGAGGUGCUGUAAGUGAGUGGGCUGUGAGUGGAGGUGCUUAAAGUGAGUGCGUUGUGUGAGUGCAGGUGCUGUAAGUGGACUGUGAAUGGAGAGAGAGAUUCCUGUUUAUUAAUGAGAGCAGUGAUUGAACUGACAGCAAUGUCUGACAUCUAUUUCCUGUUCUGGUAAUUAUUGGCUGUAGUAUUCAUUAUUCACACACAGAUCUAAUCAAUUCACUGGGAAGAACCCAUCAUACAUCAUUUAUAUGGCAUGUGUGGGCUGGCUAUAAUGUACUAUCUAUAGGGUGUAAGAUAUAAUAUAACUGUACUAUCUAUAGGGUGUGAGAUAUAAUAUAACUGUACUAUCUAUAGGGUGUGAGAUAUAAUAUAACUGUACUAUCUAUAGGGUGUGAGAUAUAAUAUAACUGUAUUAUCUAUAGGGUGUAAGAUAUAAUGUACUAUCUAUAGGGUGUAAGAUAUAAUGUACUAUCUAUAGGGUGUAAGAUAUAAUGUAUUAUAUAUAGGGUGAGAGAUAUAAUGUAUUAUCUAUAGGGUGUAAGAUAUAAUAUAUAAUGCACUGUCUAUAGGGUGUAAGAUAUAAUAUAACUGUACUAUCUAUAGGGUGUAAGAUAUAAUAUAACUGUACUAUCUAUAGGGUGUGAGAUAUAAUAUAACUGUACUAUCUAUAGGGUGUAAGAUAUAAUAUAACUGUACUAUCUAUAGGGUGUGAGAUAUAAUAUAACUGUACUAUCUAUAGAGUGUGAGAUAUAAUAUAACUGUACUAUCUAUAGGGUGUGGGAUAUAAUAUAACUGUAUUAUCUAUAGGGUGUAAGAUAUAAUGUACUAUCUAUAGGGUGUAAGAUAUAAUGUAUUAUAUAUAGGGUGAGAGAUAUAAUGUAUUAUCUAUAGGGUGUAAGAUAUAAUAUAUAAUGCACUGUCUAUAGGGUGUAAGAUAUAAUAUAACUGUACUAUCUAUAGGGUGUAAGAUAUAAUAUAACUGUACUAUCUAUAGGGUGUGAGAUAUAAUAUAACUGUACUAUCUAUAGGGUGUAAGAUAUAAUAUAACUGUACUAUCUAUAGGGUGUGAGAUAUAAUAUAACUGUACUAUCUAUAGAGUGUGAGAUAUAAUAUAACUGUACUAUCUAUAGGGUGUAAGAUAUAAUAUAACUGUACUAUCUAUAGGGUGUGAGAUAUAAUAUAACUGUACUAUCUAUAGGGUGUGAGAUAUAAUGUAUUAUCUAUAGGGUGAGAUAUAUACUGUACCAUCUAUAGGGUGUGAGAUAUACUGUAUUAUCUAUAGGGUGAGAGAUAUAAUGUAUUAUCUAUAAGGUGUGAGAUAUAAUAUAACUGUACUAUCUAUAGGGUGUGAGAUAUAAUAUAACUGUACUAUCUAUAGGGUGUGAGAUAUAAUAUAACUGUACUAUCUAUAGAGUGUGAGAUAUAAUAUAACUGUACUAUCUAUAGGGUGUAAGAUAUAAUAUAAGUACUAUCUAUAGGGUGUAAGAUAUAAUAUAACUGUACUAUCUAUAGAGUGUGAGAUAUAAUAUAACUGUACUAUCUAUAGGGUGUGAGAUAUAAUAUAACUGUACUAUCUAUAGGGUGUGAGAUAUAAUGUAUUAUCUAUAGGGUGAGAUAUAUAAUGUACCAUCUAUAGGGUGUGAGAUAUACUGUAUUAUCUAUAGGGUGAGAGAUAUAAUGUAUUAUCUAUAGGGUGUGAGAUAUACUGUAUUAUCUAUAGGGUGUGAGAUAUAAUGUAUUAUCUAUAGGGUGAAUGAGAUAUGUGUUCCAUCUAUAAUUAAUAAUUAACUGUUGUUAUUAAAUGUAUUCUAUCACAUAUUUUAUAAUCAUGAGUAAUGCCUAUUGGUGUGACUAAUAAAUAGAUCUGUGUUUAUUUGAUGUAUUGAUAGGACUGCAUUCCCAUCAUGCAUUGCAGGUUAAUGCCUAGGAGCCACUUGUUACCAGGGACCUCGGCAAACAAUCACAAUGUAAACAGUCAUUUAUUGUAACCUGUGAAUUUGGGGCCGGGUCGUCUAAACAGCAUUAUAGGCCCCGGGCAAGCACUGUGGCCACGACCCACACAGCCACUCACAGGAAUAAACAAGUGUAAAUUAUGGAUAACAUUAAGCUUAUAUUUAAUGGUAGCUCCGACAAAAGCAGUGUUUAAACUUUACAAAACAUGCUUAUAGCUUUAUGGCUUCAAAACACUAUGAGUGGUAAUUUUAUCUUGCUUAUGUACAAUUAAUAAGUGUAUGUUGUUUUCAUCAAGAUCAAUAUAUGCAUACACAACAGUAAGAUCCCAUGUACAGAUAACAGCUGAUACUGAGGUGAUUAGUCCACUUAAACGUCUUAAUAACAAGGGUUUGAAGGUUCUGAAUAAAUCUCCUGGAAUAAUAUACUGAAAAGUUGGCAAGCCCAUGCGCACCUAUGCUAGUGGGUCCCCCGGGCAAUUACCCCGCUUGCCCAUGUGUUAAGGCAGGCCUGCCAAGAGGCGGACACUGGCAGAGACUGAAACCUUGAUUCAGUCUGACAUUUGCUACAAUCUAUUCUCAGGUCAAUAAAAGUUCAGUUUUUUAAUGGAAUUUAUUAUGCUCUGAACAGUUUGGGCACUGACCCUUCUACUGCACCCACAAGCACUACAUAUUAAAAAGAUAGAAAAUGAACAUCCAAUCAGGAGUAGGAGGUCCAAUGCAUGCUGGGUAAUACCACAUUGUACGCACAGAAUACGAGGAGUGGGAAUAUUUUAUUAACGUAUCUUAAAAUCUGCCAGAAACUUUAAAAAAACUCUCCAGGUUAACGUUACAUUUCACGUCGUCAUUUGUAAAAUCUGAUUAUUUCGGGCAUUUUACUCCGUAAACUGAGAAUUGCAGACAAUGGACAAAGGCUCUGCAACAUUUCAAGGCCGGAAUAACAAAACUAAAAAUUAUCCAACGCGGCUAUUUUCAGCUGAGAUUUUCAAGUUUACAAUUUUUUAUAUUUCAUCUUUUUUGGCCAAAACUUUGCCUUGUCGUUUCUCUACAAUUCUCGGUUUAGUGAUUAGUUCCAGAUGUGCGCCAGCCAUGGGGUCUGUAUAGAACAUAGCGGUCAGUUAAUGUCCGUCCGGCCCUGACCAGAAAAUUGAUUACACAUAAUGAACGGCGUAUGCCGGAGCGACAGGAGUGGCUGUUAUAGAAUAACCUGAUGCUUGGAAGCAGUUACAAUAUAAUAGCGCUGUAUAUCGCCAUCUUGGCCGAUCUUUCCUCUAACAUGUAGGACAACGUUGAGGGUUUAUCCACUAAGCAGCGAGCUGUGGUCAGAUCACAUCAAGGUUUUCAACGAUUGAAUAAUCUUGUUGGAGAAAGAUAUCCAUUUGAGCUAUUCUGGAGGAGAGCUCUAAUUUAGGUUAGAUUAAUUCCAGCCUCAGAGUAUUCCAGUUCCUGCUAUUUAGUAAUAGGAUUCUGCUACUUUGAUAGUUGAUACAAUUUUGCUCCAAGAAAGUACUUCACUUUCAGCAUUCAACUGUUUUUAGAUGCUUCUAUAUAUAAAUAUUUUUAUAAUUCAUAAUCUAUUUAUUUACACUUAUUGGCAUUGCACUUUAUCCUUACUUGAUAAUCUGUAUUAUCUGUUUUUAGUUCCCAAAUUUGGGCAGCACCCUUCCUGUAUAUUCCUACAUAUUUAUUUUACGUUUACCAAUUUUUACAUGUUCUUGCGGCUUCUUUCUCACGAUAUAUUUCCUGGAUCUAGUAAUCUUCUAUUCACAAUUUUUCAAGCCUUGAUGGGGCCUUUUCAUACCAGUAGAGAUUUAUAUGAGUUAGCAGCUCCAUUUCACUCUCAAAACUCUCCACUCAAUUUGGUCAGAUUAACUUCUGUCCAUAUUAUUUCUAUUACUCCCAGUAAUGUGUCUGAGUGUAUAACAGAGCUCCACAGUAAUAAUACUCCCAGUAAUGUGUCUGAGUGUAUAACAGAGCUCCACAGUAAUAAUACUCCCAGUAAUGUGUGUGUGAGUGUAUAACAGAGCUCCACAGCAAUAAUACUCCCAGUAAUGUGUCUGAAUGUAUAACAGAGCUCCACAGUAAUAAUACUCCCAGUAAUGUGUGUGUGAGUGUAUAACAGAGCUCCACAGCAAUAAUACUCCCAGUAAUGUGUCUGAGUGUAUAACAGAGCUCCACAGCAAUAAUACUCCCAGUAAUGUGUCUGAGUGUAUAACAGAGCUCCACAGCAAUAAUAUUCCCAGUAAUGUGUCUGAGUGUAUAACAGAGCUCCACAGCAAUAAUACUCCCAGUAAUGUGUCUGAGUGUAUAACAGAGCUCCACAGCAAUAAUACUCCCAGUAAUGUGUCUGAGUGUAUAACAGCGCUCCACAGAAAUAAUACUCCCAGUAUUGUGUCUGAGAGUAUAACAGAGCUCCACAGCAAUAAUACUCCCAGUAAUGUGUCUGAGUGUAUAACAAGAGCUCAACAGAAAUAAUACUCCCAGUAUUGUGUCUGAGAGUAUAACAGAGCUCCACAGCAAUAAUACUCCCAGUAAUGUGUCUGAGUGUAUAACAGAGCUCCACAGCAAUAAUACUCCCAGUAAAGUGUCUGAGUGUAUAACAGAGCUCCACAGCAAUAAUACUCCCAGUAAUGUGUCUGACUGUAUAACAAAGCUCCACAGCAACAAUACUCCCAGUAAUGUGUCUGAGUGUAUAACAGAGCUCCACAGCAAUAAUACUCCCAGUAAUGUGUCUGAGUGUAUAACAGAGCCCCACAGCAAUAAUACUCCCAGUAAUGUGUCUGAGAGUAUAACAGAGCUCCACAGCAAUAAUAUUCCCAGUAAUGUGUCUGAGUGUAUAACAGAACUCCACAGCAAUAAUACUCCCAGUAAUGUGUCUGUGUAUCACAGAGCUCCACAGCAAUAAUACUCCCAGUAAUGUGUCUAAGCAUAUCACAGAGCUCCACAGCAACAAUACUCCCAGUAAUGUGUCUGAGUGUAUCACAGAGCUCCACAGCAAUAAUACUCCCAGUAAUUUAUUAGUGUAUAACAGAGCUCCACAGUAAUAAUACUCCCAAUAAUGUGUCUGUAUAACAGAGCUCCACAGCAAUAAUACUCCCAGUAAUGUGUCUGAGUGUAUAACAGAGCUCCACAGCAAUAAUACUCCCAGUAAUGUGUCUGAGUGUAUAACAGAGCUCCACAGCAAUAAUACUCCCAGUAAUGUGUCUGAGUGUAUAACAGAGCUCCACACAGUGGCGGAUCCGGGGGGGGUGGGGCAACGGGGCAAUUGCCCCCCCCGAGAAAUUCGCCGGUCUCCCUCUUCCUCCUUUGUCAGCAGCACAUGCAGGUGCUAGCCCUGCAAUGUGCCUGCGGACCGGGGGGGAGAUCAGAGAUCUCCCCCCCGGUCCGCAGGCACUGUGAUGGCGGCCAGCGGGGGAGGGAGUAAGAGAGAGGACCCGGAAGCUAAGGCUGCAGCUCCUCCGGGUCCUCCUCUCAUGAGAUUUGGAGCGUUGCCGCGGUUACCACGGCAACGCUCCAAAUCUCGUGAGAGUGAACUCUAGCCCUGGAGCGCGGGCUAGAGUUCACUCUCCCCACUGGGACCACCAAUGAAUCCCCCACAGACGACGGACCACCAGGGAAAUGUUCCCCCCCAAGUAAAGGUAAGAAGGGAGGGGGGACAUAAUGAUUAUUUAUAUUGAAUUAAAUAAAAAAAUAUAUAUAAAAAAAAGCCCCCUCCUACCCUUAUCACACACACACACUCUACACACGCUGCCCCCCAUACACACACUGCCCCCAUACACACACUGCCCCCCAUACACACACACACACUGCCCCCAUACACACACAUUGCCCCCAUACACACACACUGCCCCUCAUACACACACUCUACACACACACACCACCAUACACACACACUGCCCCCAUACACACACUCUACACACAUACACCACCACACACACUGCCCCAUACACACACACUGCCCCCAUACACACACACACUGCUCCCCAUACACACACACUGCACCCCAUACACACACACUGCCCCACACACACACACUGCCCCCAUACACACACACACACACACACUGCCCCAUACACACACACACUACCCGACACACACACAUACACUGCCCCCCAUACACACACACUGCUCCCCAUACACACACACUGCCGCCCCAUACACACACACACACACACACACUGCAACUGUUACACACAUACACUGCUGCCCUCACACACACUACAACCUUCACACACACUACUCACACACUGUCCCCCUCACACACACACUGCACCCCUUACACAUUGCACCACUCACACACCACUGCUCCUAUGCCCUACUACUGCCCCAUUUCCCUGCAGACCUCAGGUAAGGUGUCAAACUGUUCUUAAACGGUUUGACUACUUACUCUGGGAGGGGGUCCCGGCACUAUUGAUACCAUAACCACUACACUGAGCUGUAGUGGUUAUUGUGUCUGGAUUAUUUAUUUAAAUAAUCUACAAGUGCCCCUCCCGAGAUCAGGCUCUGGAUCCGCCACUGGCUCCACAGCAAUAAUACUCUCAGUAAUGUCUCUGGCUGUAUAUCAGAGCUCCACCGCAAUAAUACUCCCAGUAAUGUCUGAGUGAAUAACUGAGCUCCACAGUAAUAAUACUCCCAGUAAUGUGUCUGAGUGUAUAACAGAGCUCCACAGCAAUAAUACUCCCAGUAAUGUGUCUGAGUGUAUAACAGAGCUUCACAGCAAUAAUACUCCCAGUAAUGUGUCUGAAUGUAUAACAGAGCUCCACAGCAAUAAUACACCCAGUAAUGUGUAUUUAAACUGCAAUAAAUGUGUUUAAAAAUCAGUCUGUGUAAAUAAGAUACAUUGUUCUUCUUAAAAGUUACAAUUUAUUUCCAUAAAUUGUUAUCAGUAAAUGAACACUAUAGUAUUAAUACAAAUCUGUUUUCCGAACUCCAUAGGUUUCCAGACCUACUCUGCAGGUGCCCAUUCCAUUUUGCCAUAAAAAUGAAAUAAAUAAAUAACUACAUAUAUAUGUCUACUCUGUCUUUGGCUGCCCAUGCUCGAUUGUCCUCACUUUGUCUCUGGUUGCCCACAAUCUGUCUCCGGUUAUCCAUGCUCUGUCUCUGCCUGCCCACACUCUGUCACUGACUGUCCACACUCUGUCUUUGGCUGCCCAUGUCCUACCACUGACAGCCAGCCAUACACUAUGCUCCUAUGAUAAUCUCUGCCCUGUAAGAUUAGCUCAGUGACUCCCAAUUAGGGCAGGACACAUAUUUUCAGAGAAAAGCUCUAAAGGUUCCUAUUGCAGAAUGUGAUAACAAAGCAUCCUUUUGUCUCUUACAUCUGGGACAAACACAAUAGGCCCUUUCUAAUCUGAACCCAAUGCCUGGAUAUUUGCUGGCCAAGGCAAAAGGGACUGUAGGAAUUGGGUUACCUUUUGGCCAAAACUCUUCAAAAAUGGUGAAAGCAGGGAAUUACAUGUAAAUCUAAUACCAAAUGUAAGGAAACCUAGUAUAUCCAAUCCUCAUUCGGUAGUUUCCUCCAGAACCGCCAGAGCAUCAGUGAGUAUAGCUCUCCGUUCGGUAGAUAGAAUAGACGAAAUCCAUACAAAUACAAAUAGCUUUAUAAGAUAAUUCCCUUAAUAAAGCAUACGAAUCCCCAAACAUCAGCUGAAGUCAAGAAGAAGGGUACAACAGAACUGGCUUUUAAUGACCACACACAGGCUUUUAUGCAAGUCCCCAUGCAGUAAACCAGUAAAACACACCCAGCACAAACAUACAAUUCCCUCCCCUAGUCUUGGAGAUAAUCAAGUCUGAUAAAGUAAUAACUUGAUUAUCUCCAGGCAGAAAAAUCACAAUUUUCCCCAAUAUUCAGAACAUCCCUUUAGACAUGGGGUAUCCCCACAAAUAAUAUGUCCCCUGAUAGCCCCGAUCUGGGUGACCAACAUAUUCAAAUUUCACCCAGAUCGGUUCAGGGGUUCUCAUAAACUAUGGAAGUCUUUUGUGACCGGCUAACCGCGAGGUGGCUGCCCAAAAUAGUUCCAGGAGUUUGGGUUGUUGUGCCGGUCUAUUCAGUUAAGUGGCAAAAACUGAAUAAUUCCACAAAUGGAUUUCCCUGCCUCUUAGCAGCGAUUGUUCCCCUUAUUCAAUGCACAAAAGUACUGAAUAGCGCUCUUCUAGCUAUUCGGGAAAUAGAGAUCCAGCGUUCCCUUGUUGAGACCGGUGUUUGGGAAGUUGAGUGUCCGAUUUUAGUUCCAGACACUCGACGACCAAGUCCUGGUGCCUUUGUUCACCUGAAAAAAGAUGGCUGCCAUUUUCUCAGCCAUUUGGCGUUCGGUAGUACGAACGCUGGCCGCACAGAUAGAGGGUUCAAUUGAAGCAGUCUUUGAAGUUUAACGAGCCAGGGGGUGGUCUUUGUUCAGCAGUUAUAUCUACCGAAUGAAUAGGGAAGAAAUAUUACACAUAAAAGAGGGAUUUCUUCACACCAAAUGUUACAGAAGAUUUCUUUCCCUGGUUAAUGUUUAGUUAAAUAUUUCGCUGGAUUGGCAGAUUCCAGCUGAUUAUUGUCCUGGAAUAUCCGUCAGUGAGUGAAUUAUUCUGUAAUGGGUUGAAACACUCCAUGUGAAGGGCUGAAAACCAUCCAGGCAUAAACGAGUAAAUUUAUUUUCAAACAUUUACACCAGACGCACUAAAAAUCUCCAGCCAUUCGCCUUCCCCGAUUUCCAAGAUGAGUUACGUCAAAACCCUAUAGCCUGGUGAUGAACAGUGCAUGACAGGUUCUGCUGUGUCGUAUGUCGCACUCAAAGGAAGGAAAUUAAUUUAUUAAUAAAGAAUGGACUCCCUGUUUUUAUUAAUUCCUUUCCCUCCUAUAGGAAUUCUACUUAUUACAGGGCUGGGCAACACUUUUCAUGUCCUGCCCAUCAACAUGAAAAAUUAAAAGAUACGCCAGGCAACUCUGCUGCCCACUUACCCCCUUCCAAACCAAUAGAAAUGCAGCUUAACUAACAUCGCCGUCACUGUUUGUGUAAUUUACCGCCAUGUCCGUACUCUCAAUCAGGGGGACACUGCAGUCUGGAGAGUGGCGGUCAAUGGGGCACUGCCGUGUGAUUAAUUACACAGCGCUAAACAUUUAUCUUCCUGACUGUGAAUAGUUUUAUGGGAUCUAUUGAAUACGCUAGGGAUGUAUAAACUUAAUAUCAAACCAUCAUAAACUGAAUUACUAAACUGAGACUAAAACAGCCGGACUGUGACGAUAUGCAGAAUCUUCCUGUUUCACGGAUUUACAAAUUACACUUUUUUUAAAUGUGUUUUUUAGGUGGUUAUAGUGCAUUAUUUAGUGAAUAAUCCCCCCAGUCUAGCAGCACCCCCCACAUCAUAGCCCUGGAUCUAUCUGCAGGAAAGAUACAGAAUGUACGGGGAUGAGCUGAAUUACAAAAAUAGCCAAACAUAUAGAAAUGUUGGGAAAUAAUCUCGAAUGGUGAAUUGUUUAAAGCCGGCUAUUUUGUCCUACAUUUUCACCCCAGUUCACUGUUUACUCAUAGGAAACCUGUGUUUUACAGCAGAGGUGCUUCUGGGAACAAAUCAGGUUUUGUACACCUAGUAUAAGAGUCAUGUGUUAAUGCAGGGGAUUUGGCUUGGUUUGUACUGCCCAUCUCCUCCCAUGCAGUAAAAAGGCUUUAUUUCCCUGUGAUAUGCAUCCCUUGGCCGCUUUGAUGGCAGUGUAAAUAUUGCUGAGCUCUGCGUUUCCUCGCCCAUGACGCAGCACAGCAGAUCAUUCUGGGAUGGCCUGCAUUGAUAGCAUCAUUAUGUAUGGAAACGGUGAGCUCCCUGGAGAACAAGGACACGUGCAAAAAUUACUAAUGACAUCUCUUCUUUCUGUCCUAGAAUAAAAUUGUGGAUCAGUGUGAGAGACUGCAACUACAAACUGCUGGGAUUGAGAAAUACCUCGCAGACACCCUUCCAGCCAAGACCCCACGCGUGGCGGUAAUCUCCUUUUCUAGUAUUACAAAUAUCAGACAUUGUUCACAUAAAAUCUAAUCCUCUGGGUUCCAACAGAUAGGGAGGGAUAUAUUCCCCGACUUGGCAUGUGCUAAAUUCUGGAUUGAUGGAUCUAGAAUCAAAACAGCUUUCCAGAAAGCAGAGGUUGAGUAAGUGAUCUAGAACAGUACUUAGCUAUGCUUUCAUUCCAUCGACAGUCUAUAUUUUUACCAAAUCUAAGGUUGAACAUUUGGAGAAUCACGGUAUUACUUUUAGACUUGUGUGAAACGCACUCAUUUAGAACAGGAGAGGCAGUGCUCUAGAACAGAAAGAGACUCCCAAGACUUGACAAUUGGCCAGAAUCUUCAUGGUGUCUCACAAUUACUAGAUGUGCAUUCACUCACUUGUCUUCGCCUUCUAGUCUAGUGAACACUAGAUAUUCUUCUAAUGAUCUUGCAAAACUGGGUGGAUACUUAGGGAGUACAUCUUCAAUAAUAAGCACAUUUCUCCUACUCUGGCCACUCUUUUCCGAAUCCUUAUGACACAAAGUAGGAAAUCAUGUUCUGUGUAGGUCACAGACAUUUGAAGGAGUUAACUAAAAUGCAAUAUAUCUAAAUUCAUUCAGCAACACCAACUCAAUAGAGUAUCUAGAUACGAGAAAUAAUCAAUUUAGGAACAAACUAUGAUCAAAGAGUUGAAAAGUAAAUAGAUUAUCUCCCAUUUGCAGAGCACAGCGAGAACAGCCAGGGAACUGGUGAUCCAGAGACUCACAUUCAUCAGGAACGUGUGUGAUAAUGAAGAGCAGAGACUUCUGGAAGAGGUCCACGUGGAGGAGGAACGAGCCCAACAAGGAAUCCUCACACAAAGGGCCCACUGGACCGAGGCUGCCCGCAAACUGUCUGGAAUUAGGACAUAUCUAGUGGACAUGCUGACUAAGCUGGACGACCUUAAUCUUAUCGUGAGUACGGAUCCAACGCUGAGUCUAGAGCUGAUAAUUAGGAUCUAGAAUCUAUAUUAAAUUUACCCCCAAAAAUUCCUAAUUCUGUUAGUUAUAAAAUGGCGACAUAUUCUAGAGCCAUUCUAGAUACCCGUGUACAUCAGGAAUACUGAACAAGACAUGCAGAACUUUGUGCUGUUUAAUGGUUAGGGAGCCAAGUGAGCUGCAGGCCAUAUAGUAACAGAUGUCUGUUUGCUUUACAGAACUCAGAGAAUGAAAUGGACGAGAGGUCAGUAACUUCAGUAACUCAUAAUUCUACAUCUUAAUUCUUCUCACAGGAGUUACUAAUACAAUGGUUUACUGUACUUCUAUAGAAGUGAGCUAGAUUCAGGCUCAGUGAAUCUGUAUUUGAGCGCUGGAUUCAGGGUCAGUCAAUCUGUAUUAGAGCGCUAGAUUCUGGCUCAGGGAUUCUGUAUUAGAGCGUUAGAUUCAGACUCAGUGAAUCUGUAUUAGAGCGCUAGAUUCAGGCUCAGUGAAUCUGUAUUAGAGCGCUAGAUUCAGGCUCAGUGAAUCUGUAUUAGAGCGCUAGAUUCAGGCUCAGUGAUUCUGUAAUAGAGAGCUAGAUUCAGGCUCGGUCACUGUCUUAGAGAGCAAGAUCCAGGCUCAGUCAUUAAGUAGUAGAGAGACAGAUUCAGGCUCAGUCAUUCCGUAUUAGAGAGCUCGAUGCAGGCUCAGUGAUUCUGUAAUAGAGAGCGCUAGAUCCAGGCUCAGUGAUUCUGUAUUAGUGAGCUAGAUUCAGGCUCAGUGAUUCUGUAAUAGAGAGCGCUAGAUCCAGGCUCAGUGAUUCUGUAUUAGAGAGCUAGAUCCAGGCUCAGUCAUUCUGUAUUAGAGUGCUAGAUUCAGAGUCAGUCAAUCUGUAUUAGAGCGCUAGAUUCAGGCUCAGUGAUUCUGUAUUAGAGAGCAAGAUUCAGGGUCAGUCAUUCUGUAUUAGAGCGCUAGAUCCAGGCCCAAUGAUUCUGUAAUAGAGUGCUAGAUUCAGGCUUGGUCAUUCUGUGUUAGAGCGCUAGAUUCCAGCACAGUGAUUCUCUAUUAGAGCGCUAGAUUCCGGCUCAGUCAUUCUGUAUGAUAUUACAGAUCUAUCAGUAAUUAUAUUAUCCUAUAACACUGACUAAGAAAUAGAAUUUUGUUCUGCAGUCUCGAUACAUAAAUGCCUAUAAUUGUGCUCGCAGUCCAUUCCUACAUAAAACGUUGUUCUCCCUUUCAGGACGGAGGAAGCGGAAGGAAUCUUGGAACCUGAAGAGUCUGACAAGUUAAACUUUAACCCGAGCUGUGUGCAGAGUCCAUUGCUGAACAGAUUGUGGGCUUCCUCUAUGCUGUGCUGCAGCACGGGUCAGUACCAGGCACUGCUGCACGGGCAUCUUCAAGGUCCCGGGAUGUAAAUGGAAAAUGUUUAUCUGUGCCGGGGGAAACAGAUUGUUUCUCAGUGUCCUGAAAGGGUUCAUUGCAUAGUGGCUACAGCGCAUACGCUCUGAGUGUGGAAGGGCCAGUAGGGAACACAUUAAAGAUAAUACCCCCAUUUCAGUGUUUUCUAUAGAUAUUGAAUUAAGGAGACAAGGUGCCUCCUUACACCAUAACCUUAUAGCUGCAGUUAUAAUACACUGUGUGCAGGGAGACAGGGGACCUCCUUACACCAUAACCUUAUAGCUGCAGUUAUAAUACACUGUGUGCGGGGAGACAGGGGACCUCCUUACACUAUAACAUUAUAGCUGCAGUUAUAAUACACUGUGUGCUGGACAACAGGGGACCUCCUUACACCAUAACCUUAUAGCUGCAGUUAUAAUACACUGUGCUGUGAGACAGGGAACCUCCUUACACCAUAACCUUAUAGCUGCUGUUAUAAUACACUGUGUACGGGGAGACAGGAGACCUCCUUACACCAUAACCUUAUAGCUGCAGUUAUAAUACACUGUGUGCGGGGAGACAGGGGACAUCCUUACACCAUAACCUUAUAGCUGCGGUUAUAAUACACUGUGGGCGGGGAGACAGGGGGCCUCCUUACACCAUAACCUUAUAGCUGCAGUUAUAAUACACUGUGUGCGGGGAGACAGGGGGCCUCCUUACACCAUAACCUUAUAGCUGCAGUUAUAAUACACUGUGUGCUGGGAGACAGGGGACCUCCUUACACCAUAACCUUAUAGCUGCAGUUAUAAUACACUGUGUGGGGGAGAUAGGGGAAACUCCUUACAUCAUAACCUUAUAGCUGCUGUUAUAAUACACUGUGUGCAUGGAGACAGGGGACCUCCUUACACCAUAACCUUAUAGCUGCAGUUAUAAUACACUGUGUGCGGGCAGACAGGGGACCUCCUUACACCAUAACCUUAUAGCUGCAGUUAUAAUACACUGUGUGCGGGGAGACAGAGGACCUCCUUACACCAUAACCUUAUAGCUGCAGUUAUAAUACACUGUCUACGGGAAGACAGGGGACCUCCUUACACCAUAACUUUAUAGCUGCAGUUAUAAUACACUGUCUGCGGGGAGACAGGGGAUCUCCUUACACCAUAACCUUAUAGCUGCAGUUAUAAUACACUGUGUGCGGGGAGACACAGGGGACCUCCUUACACCAUAACCUUAUAGCUGCAGUUAUAAUACACUGUGUGGGGGAGAUAGGGGAAACUCCUUACAUCAUAACCUUAUAGCUGCAGUUAUAAUACACUGUGUGCGGGGAGACAGGGGACCUCCUUACACCAUAACCUUAUAGCUGCAGUUAUAAUACACUGUGUGCAGGGAGACAGGGGACCUCCUUACACCAUAACCUUAUAGCUUCUGUUAUAAUACACUAUGUGUGGGGAGACAGGGGGCCUCCUUACACCAUCACCUUAUAGCUGCAGUUAUUAUACACCUUGUGUGCUGGAAAACAGGGGACCUCCUUACACCAUCACCUUAUAGCUGCAGUUAUUAUACACCUUGUGUGCUGGGAGACAGGGGACCUCCUUACAACAUAACCUUAUAGCUGCAGUUAUAAUACACUGUGUGCAGGGAGACAGGGGACCUUCUUACACCAUAACCUUAUAGCUGCAGUUAUAAUACACUGUGUGCAGGGAGACAGGGGACCUCCUUACACCAUAACCUUAUAGUUGCAGUUAUAAUACACUGUGUGCAGGGAGACAGGGGACCUCCUUACACCAUAACCUUAUAGCUGCAGUUAUCAUAUAAUCAGGUUUAUUUAUAAAGGCCUUGAUUUAAUUAGCUUUCCAAAUUAUAUUUCUACUGAAGUCACCAUUAAAGUCUAUGGGAAUUCUUGUAGAUAAAUCAUUUGGACAUUUUAUUUUUACCGUACUGAAUCAUUUGGAACGUUUAUUAAACUGAGGCUAAAGUCUGAAUGGCAAAACAGAUUAAAAACAGCCAAACUGGUAUUAUAGCUAACAAUUUUUAUAAAUCCAUUAUUUGUUCCAUAAUUUUGUCAUUCAGAUUAAUUUGGUAAGUCAACCCAGGGAUCUCUCUGACCCAUAAACUGAGCACAGAGCUGAGUGCUCGAAGUGUCCCUUUAACAUUGUUUUAGUUAUUGGCUGUAUUGUGUAAAUAGUAUUUGUUUGAGGGACAUUUAAUUCUAUUGCAAAAUAUGCUUAUAAAGCAAUAUAAUAGAUGCUAAAAUCGACCUUUAAGGGACACUGUAGUCACCAAAACAAUUUUAGCUUAAUGAAGCAGUGUUGGUGUAUAGGUCAUGCCCCUGCAGUUUCACAGCUCAAUUCUCUGCCAUUUAGUAGUUGAAUCAUUUUAUUAAUACAGAUCUAGUCACACCUCAAUGCAUGUGACUUAGAGAGCCUUCCUAAGCACUUCCUGUAAAGAGUCAUCUAAUGUUUUCACUUCCUUUAUCGCAAAUUCUGUUUAAUUUAUAAUUACUUAUAUCCUGCUCUGUUAAUAGCUUGCUUGACCCUGGAGGAGCCUUAUGUAUGCAAUUAAAGUUCAAAUUACAGGGCAGGAAAUACAAAAUUCGAAAGUAAGUUACAUCUAGGGCUGCAUAAACAGAAAUAAAUGUGAUUUAACUCCUAAAUGGCAGUGAAUUGAGCAGUGAAACUUCAGAGACAUGAUCUAUACACAAAAACUGUUUCAUUAAGCUCAGUGGCGUACACAUGACCCAUGGGGCCCCGGUGCGAAAAUUGAUCCGUGGCCCCCCCACUCCCCCCCGCGCGCGGGCCGGGCCGCGCCGCAACACAUGACGGUGGGCACCUGGUCGCAGAGGUUACAGGGCUGCGACCCCUGCGACGGCGGUAUGUACGCCAGUGCAUGCAGAUGCACACACACUUAAAGGACCACUCUAGGCACCCAGACCACUUCAGCUUAAUGAAGUGGUCUGGGUGCCAGGUCCAGCUAGGGUUAACCCAUUUUUUUCAUAAACAUAGCAGUUUCAGAGAAACUGCUAUGUUUCUGAAUGGGUUAAGCCUUCCCCCUAUUUCCUCUAGCGGCUGUCUCAUUGACAGCCGCUAGAGGGGCUUGCGUGCUUCUCACUGUGAUUUUCACAGUGAGACCACGCCAGCGUCCAUAGGAAAGCAUUAUGAAUGCUUUCCUAUGUGACCCGCUGAAUGCGCGCGUGGUGGGCAGCUCUUGCCGCGCGUGCGCAUACAGCCGACGGGGAGGAGAAGAGGAGGAUCGGAGGAGGAGAGCUCUCUGCCCAGCGCUGGAAAAAGGUAAGUUUUACCCCUUUUCCCCUUUCCAGAGCCGGGGCGGGAGGGGGUCCCUGAGGGUGGGGGCACACUCAGGGCACUAUAGUGCCAGGAAAACGAGUAUGUUUUCCUGGCACUAUAGUGGUCCUUUAAAGGACCACAACAGACACCCAGAUCACAUCAGCUCAAUGAAGUUGUCUGGGUGUCAGGUCCCUCUAGUUUUAACCCUGCAGCUGAAAACAUAGCAGAUUCAGAGAAACUGCUAUGUUUCACUGAGGGUUAAUCCAGCCUCUAGUGGCUGUCUCACGGACAGCCGCUAGAGGAGCACACUGAACGUCCAUAGGAAAGCAUUGAGUAAUGCUUUCCUAUGGGCGGUUUGAAUGCGUGCGCUGUCGCAUUCGGAGCUGAGAGGCUGAGGGAUCCUCAGCGCCAAGGGAGUCCGGCGCUGGAGAAAGGUAAGUGCUGAAGACACACACUUACAGACGCAUACACACUAGCUAACAGACACACACAUUUACUGACAGAGACACAGUCAGCGACAGACAUACAUACACACUCACUUACAAAACAUACACUCUCAUUGACAAACACACACUCACUAACAGACAUCAAACAGACUCACUAACACACACACACACACACUCAGUAAGACACACACUAACAGACAUCAAACAGACUCACUAACACACUCACUAGCAGACACACACACUAACACUCACUCUAACACUCACACACACUAACACUCACACUCACUAGCAGACACACACUAACACUCACACUAACUAGCAGACACACACACUCUCACUCUAACCCUCACACUAACACUCACUAGCAGACACACACUAACACUCACACACACUCAAACACUCACACACACUCAAACACUAACACACACUCAAACACUAACACUCACACAUGUUUUUUUUUUUAAAUUUAAUCCCCCCAGCCUCCUUACCUUUUGGAGUGCUGGGGGGAUUCCCUGGGGUCCAGUGGUGCUGCUGGGCUCCUGGGCUGGUGGCCGGUCGGGCAGGCAGGCGGGCGCGCGAGGGAGCACUCAGUGCUUCCUCUUCCGGCUCCGGUAUCAGUGCGGUGCGCGAGGGAGCUGAAGAGGAAGCACUGAGUGCUCCCUCGCGCGCCCGCCUGCCCAACCGGCCACCCGCCCAGGAGUGUGUGUGUGACAGCAGGGCCAGUCUCGGGGGGCCCUGGGGUGGCCGCCUCCUGGGCCCCCCAGGGGAAGAGGCUGGCCCUGUGGCUACAUACCGGGUCGCAGGGGCGGCCGGGCCCCCUGGUGGGCCGGGCCCGGUCGCAGCCGCGACCCCUGCGACCCUGGUAUGUACGCCAGUGAUUAAGCUAAUGUUGUUUUGGGGACUAUAAAGUAUCCCUUUAACAAACCACUUUAUUAGAACGUUCCCACUGUGAAGUGGCCAGUAAGUCCAAAAUAAACUGCUUAUAGUGAAUGGUUAUCUGAACUUUGACUAUUCCUAUCAAUGCGGACCCAUCAAACAGCAUGCAGAGUUUUGGGUCGCAAUCCAACCACAGGUUAAGACACAAGGCAACAUAGCAAAGGGUAAAGACUGUGCUCUGUAGACCAAAACUGGGCAGGUUAGAUGUUAGUUCAUGCAUGUCACCACAUGAUGUAUGAUUUGCAGAACAUUAAAACUAACUUUCAUCACUUACAGUUUGUGAAGAAAUCACGUUUGAUAAGAAGACCAUCAGUCCCUUGCUGGCAGUAACUGAAGGCAACGUCCUGACAUUUCUCCAAAAGAAGACCAAGAACUACCUAGAUGGACCUGAACGCUUCAAUCACUGGCCCAACUGUUUGGCCAUCAACUCAUUCCAGAAUGGUAUCCAUGCGUGGAAGGUUAAUGUGGAAAACAGCGGUGCCUACAAGCUAGGUAUUGCCUAUGGGUCCUUGGCUCGUAAGGGUGCAGGCAAUGACACCAGGCUGGGCUACAACAGUGUUUCCUGGGUCUUUUCCCGCUAUGACAAAGACUUCCGCUUCUCCCAUGAUUGUCAGCAUCAGCCGGUGGAACUUCUCAAAAGCCCCAAACAUAUUGGCAUAUUGGUGGACCUGGAAGGAGGAGAACUGAUCUUUUUUGACCCUGGAUCAUGCGUCAUUCUUUACUCCCACCAGACAAAGUUCACUGCUCCAAUCUUUCCUGCAUUUGCUGUAGCUGAUGAGAAUAUCAGUCUUGCAAAGUAG